UCCCACCUUCACUGCAUCUCCUCUCCCACACUCAACUCUCAGCAGAAGUAUCCCUACUUAACAUCUCUUGAAAAACUUAGCCCUCCCUCAUUCUCCUGGCUCGCACUCGCUACCUUAUCCUGCUUAACUCUGAAACCUUCCUUCAGUCCCGUUUCACCUGCUUUUUCCUCCCAAACCUUCCCCUCCUCACACAUUCCUCCACUCUAAAACAUGCCUUUCCCCAUCUCCAAUAGUUUUACUACCAUCCAUGACUCCAGGAUAAUUAGCCUCUGACCCUCUGGAGAACCAGGCAGGGAAGGUGCAGGAGGCUCAGGAUUCAGACUCGGACACUGAGGGAGGAGCCACUGGCGGAGAGGCAGAGAUGGACUUCCUACGGAAUUUAUUCACCCAGACCCUGGGCCUGGGUUCCCAGAAGGAGCGUCUGCUGGACGAGCUGACCCUUGAAGGAGUGACACGCUACAUGCAGAGCGAGCGCUGUCGCAGGGUCAUCUGUUUGGUGGGAGCUGGAAUCUCCACAUCCGCAGGAAUCCCUGACUUCCGCUCCCCAUCCACUGGCCUCUAUGCAAACUUGGAGAAAUACCACCUUCCAUACCCAGAGGCCAUCUUUGAGAUCAGCUACUUCAAGAAACAUCCAGAACCCUUCUUUGCCCUUGCUAAGGAGCUCUAUCCUGGGCAGUUCAAGCCGACCAUCUGCCACUACUUCAUCCGCCUGCUGAAGGAGAAGGGGCUGCUGCUGCGCUGCUACACGCAGAAUAUUGACACUCUGGAACGAGUGGCAGGGCUGGAGCCCCAGGACCUGGUGGAGGCCCACGGCACCUUCUACACAUCACACUGUGUCAACACCUCCUGUGGAAAAGAGUACACGAUGAGCUGGAUGAAAGAGAAGAUCUUCUCAGAAGCAACUCCCAAGUGUGAGAAGUGUCAGAAUGUGGUAAAGCCCGAUAUCGUGUUUUUCGGUGAGAACCUCCCACCGCGCUUCUUCUCCUGCAUGCAGUCAGACUUCUCAAAGGUGGACCUCCUCAUCAUCAUGGGCACCUCCCUGCAGGUGCAGCCCUUCGCCUCCCUCAUCAGCAAGGCACCACUAGCCACCCCACGACUGCUCAUUAACAAGGAGAAGACAGGCCAGACGGAUCCCUUCCUGGGCAUGAUGAUGGGCUUGGGAGGCGGCAUGGAUUUUGACUCCAAGAAGGCUUACAGGGACGUGGCCUGGCUGGGUGACUGUGACCAAGGCUGCCUGGCUCUCGCUGACCUCCUGGGAUGGAAGAAGGAGCUGGAAGACCUUGUCCGGAGGGAGCAUGCCAACAUAGAUGCCCAGUCAGGGUCACAGGCCUCCAACCCCAGCGCUACCGUCUCCCCUAGAAAGUCCCCACCUCCUGCCAAGGAGGCGGCCAGGACCAAAGAGAAAGAGGAACACUAGUAACCACUGUCUCCCAUGCAGGACAGCUGAGUCCCAGCCAGCACUGGUCCCUCUAACAUGCAGCUUGUGUGAGCUCAUUGACCCUUCAUUCUCUUAACCACUUUCUUGAAACCAGGGUCCCCAACUCAAUCCCAGAAAGUUCUAAUAUACCUAAGGGCCGAGGCCUGUGCAGUCUCUAACCACAGCCCACACACAGCCUCCAACCACCUAGGGCAAGAAGCAGCCUCCUCCCCUAACGUCUAACUAUUCCCAGAGAGCAGUUACCCUAACUGUGCCAGAAUAAGGCAUUUCUCUAUUGUUUUCAGUGGGGACUCAGCUAAAUCAAGUUAAUCUACCCUGCAUAGGGGCUGGACCCUCCAAAUAUAACUUCACGCAGGGGCUGGGGCCCGGUGGGGUCUGAGGACUGCCAGGCUCUGCCUCCAACAAAGUGGCUCCCUUCCCCGGGGCCCCACGCGCCUGCCAUGGUGGGCAAGCCGGAGGGCAAGUUGAUUAGAAACAAAUUAAAACUCAGAACAAAGCAACUAA